CAAACCAGCUGUGCAUCUCCCUCACCGGUCCAGGGUUUUCUUUGCUCUUCUGAUCUUGCCUGCCGUACUUUAAAGCGAGUCCUCGCGGAAGUACUGACGUGUUCACAUCAGCCAAACCAGCCCGAGAGGUAGUUAGGUAGAGCCGAGAGUGACACAGCGGCAGAAUCAGACAGAAUGUCAGAAGGGGACAGUGUUGGUGAAUCAAUCCAUGGGAAACCAUCCACAAUCGGAAGCUUCUUCACACGGGUUGGACAGAUCUAUCAGUCAUGGCUAGACAGGUCGACGCCGUUCUCCAUAGGGCGAUGGGGAGUCACACUUUCGCUAACGGCCAUCUACAUGAUCAGAGUGUACAUAUUACAGGGUUGGUAUAUUGUAACAUACGCUCUGGGAAUCUACCAUCUCAACCUGUUCAUCGCUUUUCUAUCACCAAAAGUGGAUCCGUCAAUGCUUGACGAAGAUGAGGGCCCGGCACUCCCCACCAAGCAGAACGAGGAGUUCCGUCCGUUCAUCAGGAGGUUGCCUGAAUUCAAAUUCUGGCAUUCGGCAACAAAAGGCAUCGUCAUCGCCAUGAUUUGCACGUUCUUUGAAGCCUUCAAUGUGCCAGUGUUCUGGCCCAUACUUGUAAUGUACUUCAUCAUGCUUUUCUGCAUCACCAUGAAGAGGCAGAUCAAGCAUAUGGUCAAGUACAGAUACCUCCCCUUCACACACGGGAAGAGGACUUACAGAGGCAAGGAAGAAACCGGGAAACCUUUUGCUAGUUAAAAUCAACCCCCUCAUUGAGAAUUAAAAGUUAUGGAAAAAUAGUAUAUGUGGGUCAAAGGGGUCAGUGAUUGUCUGAGGGGAAAAAAGAUACAAUAAAUAGUUUUGAUCCAAAAUGUUGACAGUAUUGGAUGGUAGUAGUGCUGAGGAUUGCCGUAAUCACAAGAGAACACGCUGCCUUUGGUUAAUAUGGGGAGUCAUCUCUCAGCCGCGGGAUACCGUUGUCUUUGGUCAGUGGAUGAAACGCAGUGCCGCCCUUUGCCUUGUAACCCUCUGGGGUAAGUAUGAACUCUGCUGGAGGGGGCGCCACUGGACGGAUUGCAGGAGAAAUUCCGUUGUGGAAUCUUAAUGACGCUCCGUUUUUAACUCCUCUGACUCCAAGCGAAAUACAACUACUAUUGAUUAAAGACAUGGUACCUACUCGUUUAUAACGUGUACUUGUGGGAGGUCCUUAGGUUUCGAAAUAACCUGAUUAGAUGUACUUUUUAUUUCAUUGAUUUAAAUUGAUGUGGGUCUAUGAUCAAGUGUACUUUUGCACUGUCUUGAGACUCACAUCAGAAAUGUUCCUUUAUGUAAAGCAGUUCAUUUUUAGUGACUGGUUACCCUCAGUUGAACACCAAUUCACUACAUACAAUACCUAUCAGAACUAUUCAGAACCAUAGUCCAACCAUCUGUUGAUGGCACAAGCAGUGAUUUAGGUAUAGGAGAUUGGCUAGAUAACAAGUUGGCGAAGAGUGAAAACACUGCAUGGCUAGGACAGAGUUGGUGUACUUUCCAGAGAAUAUCAUCAUGGAGAAUGAUGAAAUGUCAUGUUUUUUUUACAACAUUAUGUACAGAGAGGUUUAAGAAAGCCCAGUUCAAGAUGUGUGGCUGCUAAAAAGAAGGGGAAAAAGUGUUAUUAAUUUGUUACUGUUUUUCCCUCCGUAGCCAUAGAAUCCCUUUUGUGUUUAUUCCCUCUGCUUUCCCGUCAUGUCAAACAUACGAUUUGCUUGUACAGUUGAAGAGAACUGUAACUGUCAUUCAGCACUCCUGGAUACUAAAUGACAGAUUAAUUUACGUCUAGCUAUGGGGAAGCAAAUCAAGUAGUUCAACUUCAGAUUUAUGCUUUGCGCCCCCUGUGAAUAUAAUUUUUUGGGUUCAGAUUUCUUAAAAUGUACAUCAGUAUCAUACUCUUAUUCAAAUGAUUCUUUCCUUACAAAAAAGUUAUCCCCUGAAAGACCAUAUCCUUUGAACAAGCAGUUUAGGCAACUGUUUACAAACUGGCGUUAUAUUCCACUCAAAUCUAGUAGCUUGAUACUCACAUUCUGUAUUUUUCUUUUGACAAAUGUGGUCUAAUCAUUCCAAACAAAAAUAUUUUCUCUUUCUCUUCUUUUGCAGAGGACACAUGAGAAAAGUGAGAUUGAGAGCUUUUAAUGUAUGAAGGGAGUAUGCUGGGGAUCUUAUGAAAAGUAUGCGGUAGUAUUUUUGGUAACCAGAGACAUUUUGGAAAACCUUUUGAUCAGCAAUAGGGAAGGGAAGAAAAAAUAAUCCUGUCAAAGUACAUAAGUGUUUCCAAGGGUUUAUAUCUAUUUUAAAGAUUACAUUUGUUUAGAGAUUUUUUUUCAACAUUUUUUUUUCUUCAAACAACUGUUAAACAAGUGUUCCAAGUCAUCGUAUGUCAUUAAAAAAAUAACGAGUAAAAUUGAUUUCUAGAUUUAUAAACUUUCUCAUGAAAGAGAUUGCAUGUUCUUGGUUGCUCUUGUGCUGCAAUUAUAAACAAAAAAAAGAUUUUAGUAACUUUUAAGUGUCAUUUUUUUCACUCCAAAUGCUAUUAAAGAGACUGUGUCCCUUCAAAUUA